CCUUUUAGAACUCAAGAAAGAAUAAUUGAAAAGACAGAAGAAAACGAGGAUGUAGAAAUUACUAGUAGAGGACAAGAUGCAUUACCUCUAGAUAACACAAAAAUCACCAUGACAAUAGGCCUUUACGCUUUUUAUUUAAACGACACUCAACCAUAUUCAGGCACUCAAACUCGUUCCGCAAUGCCUUAUAGAACUCAAGAAAGAAUAAUUGAAAAGGCAGAAGAAUACGAGGAUGUAGAAAUUACUAGUAGAGGACAAGAUAAUGCACAAACCACCAUGACAAUAGGCCUUUACGCUUUUUAUUUAAAUGACACUCAAACCCGUUCCGCAAGGCCUUUUAUAUAUUCACACACUCAAACACGUCCCACAAUUCCUUUUAUAUAUUCAGACACUCAAACGCGUUCCACAAUUCCCUUCCCAUUUUCAGAAAAUACUUUUACAAAAUCCAACGUUAAUAAGAAAAUAUACUCCGCAACAGAAAUAAACAUAAUACAAAAUAUGCCAAUUCAAAAAGGAAAUGACCAUUUCAUGAAUGUAUAUAAUAACAUGCAUAACCAUCAUGUUACAUCUCCUGACGGUAUAGAUGUCAAAAGGCUGAGAAGACCGCUGAAAUAUAAUUUAAAACCCAGAGAAUUUGAUGAUAGAUUCAAGGAACCUUUACAAAAAUUAGCUUCUAUGAAAGCCAGCUAUUAUAAUGGUGAAGAUAAUCCUUUCAAGAAAGAAAUAGAAUUGGUAAACAAUCCAGAAAAUAUAUUUAAUGGACUCUAUACGACAUCAACAGAAAAAGUAAAUGUAAAUGAACGCUUCAAAAAUGCAGAUUUGUUAAGAUCAAACACAGACUAUCCCCCAAAAGUUGAAAGAUUAAUUAACACUGAUGUUACACAAACUGAAUGGUAUCCAUGGAUUCAAACUGGAGCUCCUAUACAUCGAGCAUCAUUCAAUUUGCCAGGAAAACAAACUACUGCCACUCCAGUAUAUCCAUGGCUAACAAAAAGAUUACCAGUACCAACCACGAAAAUAUUAUAUCAAAAGCCUAGAUUUAUUUACGAACAUAAAGAGGAUUUAAGAAUUCGACCCCCAAAAGUUGAAAAUAUGCCAAUCCAAAAAAGAAAUGACAAUUUAAUGAAUGUAUAUGAUUACAUGCAAAACCAUCAUGUUACAUCUCCUGACGGUAUAGAUGUCAAAAGGCUGAAAAGACCGCUGAAUUAUAAUUUAAAACCCAGAGAAAUUGAUGAUACACACCACUCUAUAAUAGACCAACAUCAGAAAUAUGUUGAUUACGGAACAUCAGAAACACCAAUUGAAAAAUUCCGUUCCAAUCAGAAAAUUAAAUCAGAGUUCUUGAAAGAUGAAACUAGAAGAAUCUCUAUACCAACAAAUAUACCAGAUAUUGAAAGAUUCAAGGAACCUUUACAAAAAUUAGCUUCUAUGAAAGCCAGCUAUUAUAAUGGUGAAAGUAAUCCAUUCAGGAAAGAAAUAGAAUUAGUAAACAAUCCAGAAAAUAUAUUUAAUGUACUCUAUACAACAUCAACAGAAAAACGAAAUAUAAAUGAACGCGUCAAAAAUGCAGCUUUGUUAAGAUCAAACACAGACUAUCCCCCAAAAGUUGAAAGAUUAAUUAACACUGAUGUUACACAAACUGAAUGGUAUCCAUGGAUUCAAACUGGAGCUCCUAAACAUCGAGCAUCAUUCAAUUUGCCAGGAAAACAAACUACUGCUACUCCAGUAUAUCCACGGCUAACAAAAAGAUUACCAGUACCAACCACGAAAAUAUUAUAUCAAAAGCCUAGAUUUAUUUACGAACAUAAAGAGGAUUUAAGAAUUCGUCCAGAAACAUUAAACAGCGUCAAACAAGAACCAAGGCAAGAAAUCCAGACAGUGACUCAUAGAUUUGAACCAGAUCGUGGAUACGGGCAAGUUACUCAAGUUACAGGCAUGCAUGAGCAAAUGGAAAGCGAGCCAUUUUCAAUAUUUUUGACCAAGUUAAUGAAGAUUUUAGCUUCUAAAAGCUUAAGUGAUCUAAAGGGGCUUAUAAGCAUAUUCGAACGCUCCAUAACUACACUAUUGGACAGCGGGAAGUUGAUGAAGUUGGGAAUGACGACCGGUUCUUUCAUUGCUGAGCUGACAACGUCGCUCAACGCUCCGAUGAAGGACAUUCAAAGACAACUCUUCAUAAUGCAGGUCUCGCUGGAGAACCGACGUCGUAUGCUGGACGAUGGUUUCAACACCAUUUUGGAUGAACUGGAUAACGUGUAUGACGUUAGUGAAGAAGAAGCUAUGCAGAGGAUUCUGCGCGAGGCCAUGAGAUACCCUAACACUAGCAAGUCGGGGGAGCAAAUCGUACAAGAAUUCAUAGAAGAUAUAUUCUUGCAUCCUAUGAACAGAAUAGCAGGAACGGCGUAUGGGAACGAAGUUUUUGCAAAUAUUGCUGAAAUUGCUAAUAAAUAUAACACACCAGAGAACCUAGAACCUAUGGCUAGGCUACAUGAUAACCAAUACCAAAUUACUAAGUAUAAUAAACUUCGAAACGGUACAAUAAAUGAUGAACAUAAGUUUAUAUACUCACAUUCUACGAAAUAUCAAGCCAGAAGACAUAAUAAAAACAUAGAGAAAGAGGAUAUUAAUAUAGAAUCUCAUUCGAAUGAUGAAGAAGAUGAAGACGAAAGUUCUAGUGGCGAUAACGCGGGAGUAGAAAUUAAAAUACGUAUAAACAAUAGAAAACAUUCAAAACGCAAUAACAGAAGAAUAUUAAAGAAACACACCAGAAAUAAUGUUUAUACAAGAACCGAUGAAUAUGACCAUGAGUUGUUUACUACAGAAAAUAUUAAUACGGAAAACUAUGGAUUAACAAAUAUAGAUUUAAGGAAAUACGCAAAAUACCCAACUAAUAAACAUAUUUCCGGUAGAAAAUCAAAUUGGGAAGAAACAGGACCGAAAACUAUUAGAAACGAUGAUGGAGAGAUUCUUAAAAGUGAAGUUAGUAAAGUAACUAAUAAAAGUAAAGUUACGCUUCAAUUUGAUUGUGAAGCUUUACCAGUUAUUGUUAAAAAGAAGAAUAAUUCAAAUAGGCAAAACUAUACCAACUUAACGGAAUCGGAAAUGAUUAUGUAUUGUAGUAACGCGAAUGACAAUAAUUAGUAUUGUAUUGUAGCCUAUGCAGGAUGUUACAUCCGAAAGGAGAGUGAAAGAAAAGCGGAAAUUAAAGAGAUCCUUUUAGUUCUAAGGAAUCAAGAGGAAGUUUUUAGGACAAGAAGAACAAAGAUUAAAAAACCGGCCAAGUGCGAGUCGGACUCGCGCACGUAGGGUUCCGUACCAUUACGCAAAAAAUCACGUUUGUUGUAUUAUAGGAGCCAUACUUAAAUAUUUACUUUAUUCCGUUUUUAGUAUUUGUUGUUAUAGCGGCAACAGAAAUACAUCAUCUGUGAAAAUUUCAACUGCCUAGCCAUCACGGUUCAUGAGAUAUAGCCUGGUGAGUGACGGACAGCGGAGUCUUAGUAAUAGGGUCGUUUUACCCUUUGGGUACGGAACCCUAAAAAGAAACUAAUAUGUAGCUUGGUUAAUAAUCGGAACAUUUCUGUGCUUUUUAGUAUUUGUUGUUAUAGCGGCAACAGAAAUACACAUCAUCUGUGAAAAUUUCAAUUAUCUAUCACGGUUCAUAAGAUACAGCCUGGUGAGAAACAGACGGACAGACGGGCAGUAAAUUAUAAAGAAACAGAUUGUGACACUGCACAACAAAAGUUGUUUAACAUUUAAGAUUAUUUUAAAAUAAAACAAAUGUAUAAAUAAACUAUAAUUAAUUCAUUAACCAUUGAUGCGACUUAUAAGAUUCGCUGAAUCGUUGUAAUGAUUGUACGUAAUCAUUGGAUUGACUUGAGAAGUGCGAACACAGCGAAGAUCGACCUUUAGAAAAUACACAUCCAAAAAAUUUAAUUUGUAUUAAUUUUCUUUUCAUAAAAAUAAAAAGUUUUGGUUACUCUGGCAAACCAGCUUUGUAGAAGAAGGCGCGAAAUUUAAAAUUUGUAUGGGAAAUCGAUC